AUGGCUGCCGUGACCCAGGAGGCCAUGGACCACGUCGCACCUCGCGCCAACGCCUUCCGCAAGUUCAUGGCUGAUGUUUGCGAGACAGUCUGCCUGGAGUUUGAGCGCGAGGUGCGGGAGAUGUCGGAGGACAUCUUGAUGUAUCGCGGGGAGUUGGCCCGCUGUGCCGACCUGCUUGCCUUUCAGUUGGGAAAGGAAAAGCAGUAUCACAACAUGCUGGAGAACAUAGCGGAAAAUACGUCUGUUCUAAUAGGGAAGUCAUCGGAACUUGGCCAAAAACAUGAUGCCCAUGAACCGCUGCGCGAACAGAUGAACCAGAUCAUGGACGUUAUCAUGAACACGCACAAGGAUGUGAAUGCGGGACAUGGAGCGGUUCACCAAGAUCACCGACAGAUGGUAGAAAGUCACUUGAUGACAUCCGCCCAGCUCCAGAAUCAGGCGGCGGCUGUUCAGGCGGAGCUGGACAACAUCAUGAAGGUCCUUAACGUGCCCGUCGUCGGAUACACGAAGGCACCAGUCGUGCCCUCACCAGCAGCGCCUGUGAAAUCGACCGGGUUCGCACCCUACACGCCACCUCGUGCGAACAACCCGCAAUCUCCUGGCAUGUCCGUUGGCAGUCCGGGGAGCAUGGGGAGUCCGGGUGGGACGGCUGGGAAGAAGCCUCUGGGCGCCUCGCCUACACGCGUCAGCCAACAAGGUGCAUCUCCUGCGCAGACCAUGGCUGGCUACGGUGCAAGGGCUGGGGUCCUCUGGACGGACUUCUUGGGCGACGAACUCAUCGAGUUUGACACUAUGAACCCAGCGUUCCAAGAGGUCUCUACAAACUUGCUGAAGUAUUGGAUCGCUUAUGCCGACAUCGAUGGGCUCCGCUUGUCCUCUGUGGGUUUCAUGUCCGCAGACUUCACGGCCUUCCUGUCAACACAUCUCAGGCGUUAUGCAACGAAAUUGGGGAAAGAGCAGUUCUUCAUGAUCGGGGAAGUUGAUCUCAGUGACCAGCAGCUUGGGCUUCACAUGAGAGGAUCUGGGAGUGGCGCUAGGCUUCUGCCUUUCACUUAUCUCCUCGUGCAACACAGCCAGCUAGUCUUCAUGCUCUUGUGCAGUCUUGCCAGGGUGAAGGGCUGUGGACUAGCUCAGAUGUUGUUCGGCCCACGAAAGCAAGCAAGAGUGGCCUUGAUAUGUAGUUCUGUCACCAGUCUGCAGCUGGCAGAAAGCACUGCCUCCUGA